AUGAAAUAUGUAAACUUAAGUAAAAUAUCGAACGUCGGUCUCAAAUGUCGUCCUGCAUCAGGGCGGGUUGGAGAGAAGUCGAAUAACCGAGUAACAAGCCGACAAUGUGACAGACCUGCGGUAGUUGCCCGCCGAUACGUCCUCCAUCUUGAAUUUACCAUAGACAACUGUUACCAGAUAAAAGAUGGCGUUAUUUUGGGUGAGGGACUGCCUGAACAGACCGUGUUGGAUGGGAAAGUUACGAAACUGGAUGACCUGAGUCCAGUUAUAUUUUUAAACAGAACUAAGGCAGCCCUCAACUGCGCCGCUGGGUCUAUGCAGAUUGAAAUGAAAUUUAACGAGAAAUUCUACGGCAUAGCGUAUGCGGACUUCGACAGGAAUUCGGCUUGCCAAGUGCGCGGUAAAGGCGCUCUGUCGUAUAAGCUGGAACUACCGCUAAAAGGAUGCGGAACAAAGCAGGAUCCUCUUCGUGUCUUUACCAACAACAUAGUGGUCCGGUUCCAUCCUGGUCUUGAAAUGGAUGGAGAUGAAGUCAUUACAAUCGUAUGCCGUUACCCACCGCCUAUCGUGCCGAAGCCAGUUUUCAACCCUCUUAUUCAUACCCCCGAACUUGCUCCUCUUCCGGCUAAAGCUCCUCUCGCUGGUACUCACAUUCUAAUGGUCAUCUGCGCAAUCCUAUUCCUCACGCUACUACUCCUGGGUCUCGGAGUGUCGUACCUCUGCCUCAAGAGGAGAGCCCUACCAGCGCCGAGGAGGUUUAUCGACGAUUCCUCAGCUUCUAUUGUGAGCAGGGAAAGCAUACAAGAAGUGAAAAUACCUCGAGCUCACCCGGUGUACCCUGUAGCCGCAGAAGUGGCAAGCGUAGCUUCUGACACCAUACCAUCCGACUACCCGUCCGAGACGCCCAGCGAAGCUGAAGCGACGCACACCAACCAGGCCUUCAUGAUGGAUGAAUCUUAUCAUAGCGAAGGAUACGGAGAGACCCGCGAGACGCUCGCGACUAACGCGCGACUUGUCUCAGGCGCGGCGCCAGCCUUCGACGUGCGCGUACGCGUCCAGCGCCCACCAAUGCCACCUUCACCACCUUCCACCAUUACUGCCACUGAAGUUGAUGGCGGUAGCAUGCGGCAAACCCUGAUGUCGGAAGAGCAUGAACGACAGGAGUCGGUCCGAACAGUGUCCCCUGUGGCACUCCCAUUGCCCGCUCGCGCCUCCAAACUGCCACCGCCUGAAAGGCCUCCCAGGCCUCCCGCGGUGUACUCGCAAGUGCAACGGGAGAAACAGGAGUGGUCGAGACGUCCGCGGUCCAUCGUCUCGCUGAACACUGAGAUGACUGACACCCACUCUGUCACCGAAGUUACUGACAGUUCACAUGCCAGGAUGUUCCAUAUCAAGAGAGCACCUCCGCCACCUCCUGUGAUGCGUGAGCGUCUACAAACGGAAGAACAUGAGAUGUUAAUGGAGAGUCUCGAGCCAAUACCUGAGACACCUAUUAUGCCUGCUAGAAAACCUGAAAUAACAUCUCACGUGGUAGAUGACGUAUUCCUCCGCACCAUCACGGAGAAGAAGACGAUAGAAGAUAUCGAGCGUCAUAAACGACUCGUCACGGAGUACAAACAGGUGCCACCUCCGCCGCCACAAUUCGACGUGACAAUCAGGAACCAUACCGUGCCAGAAGCUCAAUGGGAGAACUUCUCCGACAUCAGCAGCGCAUCAGGAAUGACGUUGACACCGAAGAUGGAAAGGGUGCCAUUAUCACUACCGCCGCAGAAGUUUAUUGGAAAGGGCGGUCCCGAUCUAUUCUCUCCUGAGCUGAUCAAGCAGACGGGCCAGUCAUACCAGACAACCUCCGACCUCCCUCUCUUACCGGAGCUGCCUCCUGCACGCAACCCACUUUUCCGUGACGAUGACGAUGAAGAUAUACCGGAGCCGAUGCCGAUACCACCGGUUCCUGUAAACUGGAACGUGCUAACAAGAGUUUUGAAGACCGAAGCGCAAGAUGAGGUCCUUUUGGAAACCGAGCGCUCAUACCGCCUAACUCGUGAGGAACGACUUCGUUGGCGCGAACUCAUCACCCACGAGAGUACCCUCCGUAGGGAACUGGCUCGAGCUUCCACCAGAGACGAGUUCACUAGAGUAGCCCACGAUCACCGCUUCGCACCCCUCUAUGCGCCCCAUAAGUGGGAAGUGAUUAUACGUAUUUUGGCACCACCUGUCGAUAAACCUAAGAACCGUUACCGCAAGAAGACAGAAUGGGAUUCCCGCUCCAGACGUAGUUCGUUGCCCACCCUUUACGAAUAUGACAGCGACGCCACGUCCCUGAGGGACCCUCAGCGCUCUCGCCGGUCCUCCUACCGCAGCGACCAUGUCGAUAUGAGGUCGAUGUCGGAGAUGAUGGUGGACUACGCCCGUGAGCAAGCGGACACACAGUCUGAAGUGUCAGCAGGCACGCAGCUAGGAAGAUACUAUGAUGAUGACAGUGAUUCGGAACACCCAUUCCAUCAGAGCCAAUCAUGGGUUCAAAAUUCUCUUCAUCGCUCCGUGAGCCAGCCAUCCCUAGCGCGUUCGGCCUCAGAAGUAGUAGAACAGUGGACAGUUCCCGAAGGUGAUGUCACACCUACACCUGGUCGUAGAAUUAGAGGUCCCCAAGGCUUGACGACUUUCACAUCAUCAGAAGUACGAACCUUCCAAGCAUCUUCCAGGGAAUGGCGAGAGUAA